UCCUACCCCUUUCGAUCCUCUUUCUUGCGUGUUAAAAUCUUCAUUAGGAAGUGAAACCCUGCGUAAUUCGCACCCUGCGUUCAUUUGCUGUAUGUGAUAAUCGAGAUCAUGUCCAGAUCUAACAGCGUGAGCCCACCCGGCGCUGGCGCUCCUGGACUGAGGGGAGGGACGGAGCACAGAUCCGCUUGGGGCGAGUCUGAGUCCGUGGCGAACGGAUGUCCAUACUCGGCCAGAUCCUCCUGCAAAAAGCUCAUACGGUCCAACAGUCGCUGGAGAGAGGACGAUGACUUCGAGCGACAACCGGGCCGAGCCACGACCACCGUCAGCCGGGUUAGCUUCAGAUCCAAGUCCGCCUGGCAGGAACAAGGCGAGGAGAGCCGCAACAACAACCGAUCGUCCCCGAGGUACCGAGAUGGAGAAGUGAGACCCAAAUCCGUGGAGCUGGGUCUGGAGGACAGGAGAACCAAGUCCAAACCAGAGGAGGAGCUCAUGCCUGAAGUGAACUUUUCCAUGAGCGCGUGCUGCAACAGCGUGAUGCAGAUUUUCAGGUCCAAGAAGUUCCAGUCGGAGAAGUUGGAGAGACUCUACCAGCGCUACUUCUUCCGCCUGAACCAGAGCAGCCUGACGAUGCUGAUGGCCGUGCUGGUGCUGGUGUGCGCGGUGAUGCUGGGCUUCCACUGCGCCGGAGGGAUGUGCCAGCUCACCUUCGUGCUGGUUUUCACCGCGGCGAUCGUGCUCAUCCUCACGCUGAUGGUGGUGUGCAACAGGAACAGCUUCCAUCAGGAUCACAUGUGGAUAGUUUGUUAUUUGCUGAUUUUGCUGGUGCUGGCCGUGCAGGUAGUCGGCGUGCUGUUCGUCAAGCCGCGGAGCGCGUCUGAAGGCAUCUGGUGGACCGUGUUUUUCAUCCACGUCAUUUACACGCUUCUGCCGGUGCGGAUGAGAGCGGCGGUGAUCACUGGGAUUAUAUUGUCUGCCAUUCAUGUGCUCAUCUCGUGGAGGUUAAACGACAUGGACGUCUUCUUGUGGAAGCAGCUGGUGUCCAAUGUCCUGAUCUUCUCCUGCUCUAAUAUAGUUGGUGUGUGCACACACUACCCAGCAGAAGGUUCUCAGAGACAGGCCUUCCAGGAGACCAGAGAAUGUAUUCAAGCCCGUCUGCACUCGCAGAGAGAAAACCAGCAACAGGAGCGUCUCCUCCUCUCUGUGCUUCCUCGUCAUGUGGCCUUGGAAAUGAAAGCCGACAUUAAUGCCAAACAGGAGGAUAUGAUGUUCCACAAAAUCUACAUUCAGAAGCAUGACAAUGUGAGUAUCCUCUUUGCUGACAUUGAGGGCUUCACCAGUCUGGCUUCCCAGUGCACUGCCCAGGAGUUAGUGAUGACCCUCAACGAGCUUUUCGCACGAUUCGACAAACUGGCCGCCGAGAAUCACUGUCUGCGGAUCAAGAUUCUGGGUGACUGCUACUACUGUGUGUCAGGGCUGCCGGAGGCCCGUGCUGACCAUGCGCACUGCUGUGUGGAGAUGGGAGUGGACAUGAUAGAAGCAAUCUCCUUGGUGAGGGAAGUCACCGGUGUGAACGUCAACAUGCGUGUUGGAAUACACAGCGGGCGCGUUCACUGCGGGGUGCUGGGAUUAAGGAAAUGGCAGUUUGAUGUCUGGUCCAACGAUGUCACCUUGGCCAACCACAUGGAAGCUGGGGGCAAAGCAGGGCGUAUACAUAUCACCAAGGCCACUCUAAACUACCUGAAUGGGGAUUAUGAUGUGGAACCUGGAUCUGGUGGAGAAAGAAACGUGUAUCUCAAGAAGCACAACAUUGAAACCUACCUCAUUGUGGGCUGCAGUCAGAAGCGGAAAGAAGAAAAGGCCAUGAUUGCUAAGAUGAACCGACAGCGCACCAACUCGGUCACUCAUAACAGCACUCACUGGACCGACCGGCCCUUCUAUAAUCACCUGAAUGCCAAUUCUGUUUCCAAGGAGAUGAAGAGGAUGGGAUUUGAGGAUCCCAAAGACAAAAACACGCAAGAGAACCUGAAUCCAGAGGAUGAGGUGGAUGAGUUUCUGGGCCGCGCCAUUGAUGCUCGGAGCAUCGACCGGUUAAGAUCUGAACACGUCAAGAAAUUUUUGCUGACCUUCAGAGAACCUGAUCUGGAGAAGAAGUACUCUAAACAGGUGGAUUCCAGUUUCGGUGCAUAUGUGGCCUGCGCCUCCCUCGUCUUUUUAUUCAUCUGCUUCAUUCAGAUCAUCAUUGUGCCGCAUUCUGGACUGAUGGUUGGUUUCUAUGUGCUCUGUCUGGUCGUUCUGAUGGUGGUCAUGUUCAUCUCAGCCAUUUACUCCUGUUUUGGGUUUUUCCCCAUUCCUCUGCAAACUCUGUCUAAAAGGAUUGUUCAGUCCAGACUCAACAGCACCCUGGUGGGGGUUUUUACAAUCGUCCUGGUCUUUAUCUCUGCUUUCAUUAACAUUUUCACCUGCAGUACGGAUGACCUGAAGACGUGUUUAGGGCAGGAGUUUAACAUCAGCCCCAGCAAUGUGAACGCUUGCCAUGCCCAUUUCUCUUCCCUCAACUACACACUCUGGUCUCAGAACAGGCUCUGCAACAGUUCGUCACCAACAUGCAAUUUCCCAGAGUACUUCUCAUCAUGUGUGCUGCUCAGUUUGCUGGCCUGCUCAGUUUUUCUACAGGUCAGCAGUAUCGGUAAACUCUUCCUCAUGCUCUUCAUUGAGAUCCUGUAUGUGCUUAUCAUGGAGGUGCCCGAGGUCAGCCUUUUUGACAAUGUGGACCUGCUGGUCAUGGCCAAUGCCCUAGCGCCUAACAAUGGAACAUGUAUUGUGGACACCCGGGUUCCUCUAAAGAUCGUGACUCCAGUGGUCAUCACAGUCUUUGUGCUGGCGCUUUACCUUCAUGCACAGCAGGUUGAGUCCACCGCCAGACUCGACUUUCUAUGGAAGUUACAGGCCACAGAGGAAAAGGAGGAGAUGGAAGAACUUCAGGCUUACAAUCGUCGGCUUCUUCACAACAUCUUGCCCAAAGAUGUGGCUGCACACUUUCUGGCCCGCGAGCGGAGGAAUGACGAGCUGUACUACCAGUCGUGUGAAUGUGUGGCUGUCAUGUUUGCCUCCAUCAGCAACUUUUCCGAGUUCUACGUGGAGUUGGAGGCCAAUAAUGAAGGUGUUGAAUGCUUGAGACUUCUCAACGAGAUCAUCGCUGACUUUGACGAGAUCAUAAGUGAGGAUCAGUUCCGUCAACUAGAAAAGAUCAAAACCAUUGGCAGCACCUACAUGGCUGCAUCUGGGCUUAAUGACUCCACUUAUGAUAAAGCAGGAAGGUCACACAUUCGCGCUCUAGCCGACUAUGCCAUGCGCCUCAUGGACCAGAUGAAGUACAUCAAUGAGCACUCUUUCAAUAACUUCAAAAUGAAGAUCGGUCUCAACAUGGGUCCUGUUGUGGCUGGAGUCAUAGGAGCUCGUAAACCACAAUAUGACAUAUGGGGGAAUACUGUGAAUGUAGCCAGCCGUAUGGACAGCACUGGGGUACCUGAGAGAAUACAGGUCACAACGGACCUUUACCAGGUUCUCAGCUCCUAUAACUAUACACUGGAGUACAGGGGCGUUGUCAAAGUGAAAGGCAAAGGCGAAAUGAUGACCUACUUCCUAAACGGAGGACCCAAUAACAGUUAACCCUCAGUGUCUGACCUUCAGAACAUUAUUAAGAUGUCACAAGGAGGAGAUGCUGUUGGCCAAGCUGUUGAGACGGUCAUCCUUCUGGACCAAUCGCAAUAGGAUUUGUUCAGAACCAGUCGUCACUCAGUCCAAGAGUGGCCUC